AUGGCUGCUUCGCAAACCGAUAUAACAGCAGCCGUGGCAGACACAAGGGCCGAGAAAGUAAAUACUAGGCAAGAAGAAACGUCGUCACCAACGCCAUCUUCCAACCAGGAUGGUCCCCCCAAGUUUCAGCCUGGCUGGAGAUUUUAUCUUGCCUUUGGUGCUCUCUUAAUAGUCACCCUUAUGGCUGCCUUGGAUGCUACUUCUCUCUCCGUCGCUCUUCCGAUUAUUGCUCGCAAGAUCCAUGGAACGGCCAUUCAAGCCUUUUGGUCCGGGACGUCCUUUUUACUCACGUCCACAGUCUUCCAGCCUAGCUUUGCGUCUUUUUCGCAUAUCUUCGGCCGUAAACCUCUGAUUUUAGUCUCAGUUGCUCUCUUCACCGUCGGAGCCAUUGUUGCCGCCGUAGCCAACAACUUUACUGUCUUGCUCGUUGGCCGUUGUAUUCAGGGUGUUGGAGGUGGUGGCAUUAUCGCCCUUACUGAGAUUGUCGUCACGGACCUUGUCCCCUUGCGCGAACGUGGCAAAUGGUUCGGUUUCAUGGGUAUGAUGUGGGCUAUUGGCAGUGUAUCAGGGCCGGUUGUCGGCGGAGCACUUGCCCAAAAAGCUUCAUGGCGCUGGAUUUUCUGGAUUAAUCUCCCUUUUGCCGGCAUAUCCUUUAUCAUGAUCCCGCUCUUUCUCCAGCUCCACUACCGCACAAGCUCUUUUUUCCAGAAACUUAAGCGUGUCGACUGGAUUGGGUCGGUCGUUUUUGUCGCUUCCACCACUUCUUUCUUGAUUCCUAUCACGUGGGGUGGUAUAAUGUAUCCUUGGGAUCACUGGAGAACACUUGUCCCUCUGAUCAUUGGUGCUUGCGGCUUGAUCUUUUUCGUCUUUUAUGAGGAGUUUGUGGCCGCUGAACCCGUGAUCCCCAUGGAUAUUUUCAAGAACCGCACAGCCGCUUUGACAUACUUUGGAGCAUUUAUCCACGGGAUGGUUUUGUGGUGCAUUCUUUACUACCUUCCCCUCUAUUACGAAGCUGUCAAGGGAAUGUCUCCUAUCCUGGCAGGUGUAGCUGCGUUCCCUGAAACUUUUACAGUUGCUCCCGCUUCUAUAGCAGUUGGCAUUGCAGUCAGCAUCACCGGCCGCUACCUCGAGCUCGUCUGGGCUGGCUGGAUCUUGACCACUCUCGGCAUGGGUCUCCUGUACCUAAUGGACGUGCACACGUCCACGGUUGCGUGGAUUUUCCUGAACCUCGUCCCGGGUCUCGGUACUGGUAUCCUUUUCCCGGGCAUGACGUUUUCCAUUCAAAGCCAGUCAUCUGACGAGAAGCUCGCCUUUGCCGUUGCCAUGUUCACCUUUUUCCGGACAUUUGGCCAGGCCCUUGGUGUUGCCGUUGGUGGUGUCAUCUUUCAAAACCAAAUCAAGCACAAGCUCGAGCAAUAUCCGUCGUUGGCUCCACAGGCUGGCGAGCUUUCCAAGGACGCCUCCGGCCUCGUUCAGAUUAUCAAGAGCAUGGCCGAUUCGGUACCAGAAAAGGCACUGCUCAUCAAGAGUUAUACGGACUCGCUCAAGAUUGUCUGGAUCAGCAUGUGUGCCUUUUCCGCUGUUGCAAUGAUUGCUUGCUUCUUCCUCAAGGCCUACAGCCUUGAUCGUGCCCAUGAAACCGAGCAGGGCUUCAGGCACGAAAGGGAACUUGGCGAUGAGGAAAAGGUUGAGGAAUGA